ACUCCUACCUCUUGUCCUUUCGCCUCAUAGACUGGUUUAAAGUGAGUUUGCUGACGUCGAUCACCUGCUUGCUGCAGCCUACUACUACCAUCCGACCCCACCACACACAGACGCACACAUAUUCACACUCACACACGCUCGCGACCAGACCCCAUCUCAAGAGAGCAAAAGCGUUUUGAAACCGAGUUAGUUUCAGUUCAAACCACAAACCGGCGGUUUCAUUACACUCCGCGCAGCACUAACAACACAACAAUGAAGUUCACCAUCUUUCUGUUUGCUGCUUUAAUUUUUGCGUUUGUGGAUGCUACGACGACGCCAAAUCCUCAUCACCACAUCGCCAAGCAUGUUUCAGCUGCCGUAGUCAAUGCACAUUCCAAAACUGCCAACCACAAACAUGAUGAUGAUACAAAGCACAGUAAGAAAUCAGCGAAAGAUGCUAAACACCAGCUAGAAUCCUCGCACAAGGGAGAACAUACAGCAAUUGGACAUACUGUAGACACUGAAGAAAAAGGUGGUCAUAAAACGGUUUCGAACACCGAGGUGGCCCAUCAAACCCACAAGAAAGCCGGAGUAGAACACAAGAAUUCAGCCAAAUCAAUCGAAGGUGGCAAACAUAAGAAAACGGGAUUCACAAAAGGUUUCCAUGAGAAAUACCACAAGAACGAGCACAAGAAGCACGACAGCUUCUACAGCCAUGGCAAGAAAUCCGGCGAAUUCAAGACUUUCAGCAGCAAAAAUGCGAAGCACGACGUUCACAAAGUCGAUAAGAUCGAGAAGAAGCAUAAGCUCAUGUUGAAAAGUUUGGAGAAACACGGAAAGUCAUCGAAGAAGGCCGCCGUCCACAAGGUCGAUGACCACAAGGCUCACAAGCUACUGAAGACUAAGAAGAAGAGCCACGAUAAGCAAGAGAAAUGGGCUAAGAAGCAACAGAAGCCGAAAGUGAACAAGAGGAAAUAUAAAUAUUCGCAUUAAGUUCAAAUCGCGUACUUGAAAAGGGGUAUAGAAGAUAAAGAGAAACGAAGGGGACGAGGAGAACAAAAUAAUUACAAACAAAAAACAAGAACAUUAAUAUUUAAUAU